AUGGCAUUUCCUUGUUUGUUUCCCUAUGGAAAGGGUGAUUUCUACGUAAACCGGCCAGUGACACGUCCUUCACUGCAUGACUGGGCAGAGCACCUGCUGUGGUACCAAGAUGGGAGGUUUGCCAGGCAUAAGGUGUGGAAGUUUGUUGUCCACAAUAUGAUCCUGAGGAAGCGUGCCCUGGAGCAGAGCCAGUCCUUGUUGAUCAGCAACUUGGUGACCCACACAUAACUGUUGCAGACCUGCAAGAGCGACUUGCGAGAGGUGACACUUUUACCGACAAGUUGUAUUUUGGCACAAAUCUGCACGGUACAGCUCAGUACUGGCACCAGAGGUGCAGAGAGCUUCGUGCCCUUGUGGAGUUCAUGGUCAAUGAGAAGCGUGGGUUGCCUUCAUUUUGCAUGACUGGAAGCUGUGCCGAGUUUUACUUUCCUCCUCUUAGAAGGCUACUGGAAGAGUACAUCUUGCAGACCAAAGGUGAAGAAGUCAACCUUGCUGAAGAUAGCAAUGCCUGCUUCAAGGCAGUACAAGAAAAUACUCAUGUAGUGGUGAGUUACUUUGACCUGUGUACCCAGGCAUACCUUGAGAAGGUACUGAAGCCGGUAUUUGGUGUCUCUGAUUAUUGGUACCGCUAUGGGUUUGCCAAGUCCCGCGGUCAAAUUCAUUGGCACCAACUCAGCUGGAGGGAAGACAGGCAACCACACCAGCUAUUGCAUGAAGCUCGUGAAGAUGGUUGCAAAGAGGAAGAGUAUGCAGCUAGACUAAGUCAGUGGGCAGAUGAAACCUUUGCCAUGACAGCAUUACAUCCAGCUGGCAAUGAUGAUGAAGGGCAGCCAAGAAAAGACCUCUGGCCACCACCUGAGGGAACGGCUGAGCCCAUAUCACAUGAUAGGGAUCCCUUAGUUAAGAUGCUAAUGUAA